UUUUUUACCAUCUCCAACCCAGCUGUCUCAAGACCAGCUGGAACUCGAAGAAAGAGCAAGAGCUCAAAGAUCUAGGCAGACUGCUCUGGUCUCAUCACGACGGGAACCUCCCCCAUACGGUUACCGGAAAGGAUGGAUACCACGAGUCCUAGAGGAUUUUGGAGAUGGGGGUGCUUUCCCAGAAAUUCAUGUGGCCCAAUAUCCAUUGGAUAUGGGCCGAAAGAAGAAAAUGUCCAAUGCUUUGGCUGUUCAGGUGGAUGCAGAAGGAAAAAUAAAAUACGAUGCUAUUGCUCGACAAGGACAGUCAAAGGACAAGGUGAUAUACAGCAAAUACACGGAUCUUGUGCCGAAAGAGGUUAUGAAUGUGGAUGAUCCUGAACUGCAGAGACCAGACGAGGAGGCAAUUAGAGAGAUAACAGAGAAGACAAGGGCAGCCUUGGAGAAGUCGGUCUCGCAAAAAGUUGCAGCAGCCAUGCCAGUUCGAGCAGCUGACAAACUAGCUCCUGCACAGUACAUUCGGUACACACCAUCCCAGCAAGGCGUUGCCUUCAACUCUGGGGCAAAACAGAGAGUUAUUCGGAUGGUGGAAAUGCAGAAGGACCCGAUGGAGCCUCCAAGAUUCAAAAUUAACAAGAAGAUUCCGCGUGGACCACCUUCUCCCCCAGCACCUGUAAUGCACUCUCCUAGCAGAAAGAUGACCGUGAAGGAGCAGCAAGAGUGGAAAAUUCCUCCAUGCAUUUCAAACUGGAAAAAUGCAAAGGGUUACACCAUUCCGUUAGACAAGCGCCUGGCUGCAGACGGCAGAGGACUGCAGACUGUCCAUAUUAAUGAAAACUUCGCCAAGCUUGCUGAGGCUCUCUAUAUAGCUGACAGAAAG